AUGGCAUCUCCUCGCGGAUCCGAUCUCGAGGCUCAAAGCCUCCUUGGCAAGCCUGCUGUUGCACAAGUCACGCAUUUCACCAUAACCCUGUGGUUCAACUGGCAGCUCUGGCGAGCCGUCACGCCGCUGUUUCUUCACGCAUCGGCGUUGCACUUGGUGUUCAACCUGUUAUUUAUUCUGCAUAUUGGUCUACGCAUGGAAGAACGCUAUGGAAUGAAGAAGUUCUUGGCACUGUACUUCUUCUCCUCUGUGGUUGGAAACCUGUUCUCCAUGAUGAUGCAGCCAAGGGCAUUGUCGGUCGGAGCCAGCACGGCAGGGUUUGGUAUCAUUGGCGGAAUGGCGGCGGAAGUCUGCGUGAUCUGGCGCAAGCUCUCCGAAGACGUGAAACAAAUAUACUCCGUCGAUAUCGUUAUCUUCGCUAUCCUGAUAUUCUUCGUAUCUUUCGGUCACACGGCGUAUCGUUCUACGGUCCUACUCAGAUGGUUCCCGGUUCUCUACUAUGGCUCUGCUGCAGCGUGCGCAGCAAUUCUACUUGUAUCACCCCUCUUCUUACUCAUGCAGUCCCCUUAUCGCGUGGUAAGCCCAGUCUAG